GAUUUUCCUCGAGAAAAAAAAAAACUAAGUGAGUCGAAAAUAAAAUCAUCGAAAAAAAAAAUAUAAAAAUCCACCCAUUUACAAGUGUCAGAUCUAAAAAAAAAAAUUGUUUUUUAAAUAUUUUAAUUAUAAAAAUACAAUAAUAAAGAAUAAAGAUGGUUACGUUGGAGGAACAACCUGGUCCAUCAAAGCCAACAGAAUCAGCAAAUAAAGAAAAAGAUGACAGAAUGUUUGAGUGUAAUAUUUGUCUUGAUACUGCAAAAGAUGCUGUUGUCAGUAUGUGUGGACAUUUAUUUUGUUGGCCUUGUCUUCAUCAGUGGCUAGAAACUCGACCAACAAGACAAGUUUGUCCAGUUUGUAAAGCUGCAAUUAGCAAAGAAAAAGUCAUUCCAUUAUAUGGACGUGGUGCUACAAAGCAAGAAGAUCCAAGAAAUAAUGUACCACCUCGUCCAGUUGGUCAAAGAACAGAGCCAGAAAAUAAUACUGGUUUUUCUGGUCUUGGUUUUGGUGAUGGAGGUUUUCAUAUGUCAUUUGGCAUUGGUGGUUAUCCAUUUGGAUUUUUCAUGUCGACAUUUAACAUUGGAGAAAAUCGUCCAACUGCUGCACCAAGAGGAACACCACAAUAUGACGAAGACCUUUUUAUAUCAAAAGUAUUUUUAUGGAUUGCUAUAAUAUUUAUCGGUUGGCUAUUGAUGGCGUAACAAUUUCAUUAAUUUUCGAAUUUUAAAAUUGUUAUUAAAUUCAAAAAACAAUAAUUAUAUAUUGUCGGGUUAAGGGACAAGACAUCUAAAACAUUUAUGUAUAUACGCAAAAGGUCUUUUACAGAAAAAAAAAAAAAAAAGUAACGAUAUUUAAAAUAUCAAUAAACAUUUAAAUCCAUUUUUAUAAAUAAUAAAAAUAUUCUAGUGUUUAAAUAAAUAAUAAUAAUUCCAGUUACUAUUUUUUUUUUUUUUCUUCUAUUCAUAUAUUGUAAAUUUAAUUGAGAAAGUUAAUGGUUACUUGGGGUAAUAGUGUAUAUAAAUAUCAUAAAAUAAUAAUUUAUAAUAAAAAUAUAAUUUUGUUAAAAAAAAAAUUUUUGAAAAAGUAAUAUUUAAAAGUGUAAAAUUUGUUUUAUACAUUAUUGUUUAUUUAAAAAUUAUUGUUUAAUUAUAAAUUGUAAUUAAUAUUGUAAUAUUUUAAUUAUUAAAUUAUUAAAUAUAAGAUUAUUAAAAG